AUGUUGUCCAGAUUAGGCUUGAGAUCCACCACGAGGAUCUCUCUUGCUUCUAUUAGACUGUUGACAACUAAAACCACAAUCACUGAUCAUGCCACAGGAAAAGUCAUCACAUUGGCGGACCCAGAACACCCUGAACUUGCGGACUAUCAGAACCCAAAGCCGGUUUUGGCACAGACCAAAGAUCCAUAUGCCAAGUACGACUUCCAGCAGUUGAGAAGAAACAAGAAUGAACCUCUUAACAUUGACGACGAUUUGUAUGACAUGUGGUCUCCUGACUACUACCAGUUUGUCUCUGACAAGACUGCCUUGAAGCACAAUGCCAUUUUCUUUUCUCUUGUCAUUGGUUUUGGUUUGUCCAUCUACUUUUUCGAACUUAAUCCUGAAAAACCAGCCAUGCCAAGAUCCUUCCCAUACGGUGGAUUGGCCAAGGAGUUGGGUUCCGGCAGUGCUGAAACUGACUACUUUUACAGAGUGAAGCCAGAUGAGGCUGCUGAAGCUGCUGGUAUUUUGCCCGAAGAUGCUGACAUUAAGAACCAGAGAGCGACAUACGAACAGGCCAAUGCUGACUUUAUCAAGGUCUAG